AUGUCAAUCCCUCUUCCCAACUUCUCCCUCUUCUGCAUUGCACACUAUACUCCCUCUCUUCCCUCUCCCCCCUCUCCUCCCUAUCUUCCCUUUGCUCAAUCUACUCUAUCUCCUAUCUCUUCACCCUCUACUCCCUCUCCUUCCUUUGAUCCUCUACUCCCUCCUCUCUUUCUUCUCCCUCUCCUCCCUCUCCUCCCUCCCUCCCCUCUGCUUCAUCUGCUCCCUCUCCUCCCUCCCCUCCCUAUCCUCCCUCUGCUCCCUUUGCUCCAUCCCCUCCCUCUACUCCCUCUCCUCCAUAUCCACCCUCUCCUCCCUUCCCUCUCUCUCCUUCCUUCUCUCCCUCUCCUCCCUCCCCUCCCUCUGCUCCAUCUCCUCCCUCUCCUCCCUCCCUUCCCUCUGCUCACUCUGCUCCCUCUCCUCCCUCUCCUCCCUCUCCUCCCUGCCUCUGCUCCCUCCUCUCCCUCUGCUCCCUCUCCUCCCUCUCCUCCAUCUGCUCCCUCUGUUCCCUCUCCACCCUCCCCUCCCUCUGCUCCCUCUGUUCCCUCUCCCCCUCCCCUCCCUCUGCUCCCUCUGCUCCCUUUCCACCCUCCCGUCCCUCUCCCCCCUCUGCUUCCUCUCUUCCAUCCCCUCCCUCUGCUCCCUCUGAUCCCUCUCCACCCUCCCCUCCCUCUCCACCCUCCCCUCCAUCUCCUCCAUUACCUCCAUCUCCUCCCUCUCCUCCUUCUCCCCCCUUUCCUCCCUCCCCUCCCUCUGCUCCCUCUCCUCCCUCUCCUCCCUCUCCUCCCUUUACUCCCUCUCCUCCAUCUCCUCCCUCUCCUCCCUCUCCUCCCUCUCCUCCCUCUCCCUCUACUCCAUCUACCCUCUAUGCUCCCUCCCUUGCCAUUGCUACUCCUGUUUCUUCUUCCUCUACUCUUCCAUCACCCUCUUCUGGUUUCUCAACUCACUGACCGCACCUUCUUCUCCAUGACAAGGAUGCCCACCCUCUCCUCCCUCUCCUUUUCCUCACCAUCCCCCCACUCAUCCCUCUCCUCCUCUCUCUCUUCUCUCACCCUCCUCUGCUUCCUCAACCCUCUCUGCUCUCACUCUCACCUCCUCUCCACCUCCUCUCCAUCAUCUGCUUUCACAACGCCACCCACGAAUAGCGAGACUUAG